AGAUAGAUUCGAUGAAGAUGUAUUUCAUAAAUUAUGUAAUUAUAAAGGUUCAACCAUUAUGAUUUCACAAUUACAAGGAAAAGAUAAAUUAUUAGAGGAUAUACUCAUUAAGUUAGAAAUUUUAUUUGCGAUAAAAUAUAGUAUUGAAGAACAAAAAUAUGCUGUAUAUUAUAGUUUAAAUUCUGGUCUGGCUUUUAGUAAAGGAUGUGAUUUGAUUAUU